UAUACCCUGGUGUCAAAGAAGGACCCCGAACAGCCAACAUGGCUGCGCCCGCAGGAAUUAACGGAGAGUUUGAAAACUGGUUAAAUGAUCGGCUUGAUUCCCUCGAAGUGGAUAGAGAUGUUUAUGGAGCAUACAUUCUUGGUGUUCUUCAGGAAGAGGAGAGUGAUGAAGAAAAAACGGACGCUUUACGGGACAUUUUGUCCGCUUUUCUGGAAGACGACGCAUUAGAAACUGUCUGCCAGGAGAUUAUCAACCAGUGGACUGAAUCUUGUGCCAAAGCUGCAGUGACGAAGGAUAAGACAGAUGCGGAGGUGCAAGCCAUCGCCAGCCUGAUCGAAAAGCAGGCCCAGAUUGUGGUGAAGCAGAAGGAGGUAUCUGUGGAGGAGAAGAGAGACAAGCAAGCACUCCUGCAACAGUAUGCCAAUGUCACAGAUGAUGAAGAUGAAGAUGAGGAGGAACUGGCAGGAGCUAUGGCCAUCCCCAGUGAAAAAUCUCUCUUUAAGAACACGAACGUUGAGGAUGUGCUGAGUCGCAAGAAGCAGCAGCGGGAACAGGCCAAGGAGGACUCUCAGAAGAAGAAGGAGCAGGACAAGAUGCAGCGGGAAAAGGACAAGCUAGCCAAGCAGGAGAGGAAGGACAAGGAGAAGAAACGCACGCAGAAAGGAGAGCGCAAAAGAUAGAGCAGCCGGACUGGGAGAUGAGACGGCCCUGAUGGUAAAGAAAUGUUGAAUUGACGGUGUUGAGCAUCUUUUCGCUUUGAUUUGACAAUAAUCAACGUUGACUCAACUUCCCUUUGCUAUCAGGGGGAUCAUCUCAGAUCCGAUUGAUGGACUUUUCAAAGAUCAUUUACCCCUCCCCCAACCCCAAAACCUCAAUUGCCAUUUUCCCAAUACAGAGAUGAACAUUUUGUUUUCCCAGAAAUGUAUUUGUGCUGUGUGUGGUGGGUGUGAUGGUAAGGAAAUCAAAGUCAGAUAUUUCUUAAGAGGCCUUCCAUGUUACUUUUUAAGUGUACUUUGUUUUUCUCUCUUUACAAAGUCUAUGUACUGUUGAGGUGUUAAGCGCAUAUAUAACCUUUCCUUUCCCCUUUCUCCUAACAGUCACACAGAAAUAUUGCUAUGGUAUCAACUUUGUGUAGGUUGCCACUGGUCAUGUGUCAUCUGUCUUCUUCCACAAUACAACUCCUCCAGCCUUAACUUCACGUGGUAACUACACGUAAUUUUGAGAUCAAGUGUGAACAAAAGGGCUUUCUUAGCUCAUUUGUUUCUGCAUCAGAGAACAGGGCAAAGUACAAAAGCACUCUUUUUUAUUUGUGAAAAAAAUACUGCUUGGCUGGACAUGUAUUUGUAAAGAACUUCAUCCCUGUUCACCUUCAGAUUUCAGCCCAUUUGUCACAAAUUCUGAAUCUGCAUGAUGAAUUGAAAUAAUUUUCAUUAUGGUUAGUGGGAUGUUUCAUGAUGGUGACAGAGUGGGGUGCUGCUGACAGUUCAGCUAUAGUUGGUUUUGAAGUCCAAGGGUCCAACUCAAUAUCUAACCUCCUGUCUUCUCCUUUUGUUUGUGGCUUCUAUGGAGGAAAAGUUUCCCUGCUGUCAACUUUUGUGGGUACUUUCCCCCCCAUUCAACACCCUACAGGUAAUUGCAAAUGACACGACCUUUGAAUUGAGCUUUUGCGGGAUAUUUAAUAAAACCUCUACAUCUACGACGUCUUGCCUUGCAUCACGAGGCCACAAGCAAAAGGAGAGGAUAGGAGAUUUGAUUUCGAGUUUGACCCAAAGCCAUUACUGGUAUUCUUUUUCACCAAGUAUUAACUGCUAGUUGGGAUGUAAACUUAUACGGUGGCUACCACUGGGCAAGUGUGAAGAAUAUACACACAUUUUAGUGAAAUGGGAUGAAUUGACACAGUUCAUUUAAAGCUGUCAUGACAUUUAUUAAAAGAAACAAAUGAA